GCGAUUCAGUGUCGGCUGGGUCGGUACGUGCCGAUCUUACGACAAAAACUCUUCGAUACAAUGGAUUCCUACGAGCCGUUCUGUGCGGGCCACUGAUUGGGAUGAUUCUCCAGAUGUUCUGAACUGUUCGUUUCACUUUCCUAAUUCGCCACCCAACCCCUGUUCCUCCACAUCCUCUUGAGCCUCGGCUACUCCAGCAUAGAUGCGCACUCGCGUGACCCACUGCACGACCCCAUGAUCUAUCUCAUCCUCGACAGGACCCCACUCGUUCUCCAGCUUUCCUCCACACAAGCGAUGCAAUGGCAAUAACGUCAGUUCUUUCCUGCGCUUACCCGGUAGACCUACAGGCCAAGGGCUACAUAGAAGGCUUGACCUACGUCGACGAGAAAACAUACAGCCCACUUGCACACUUCGUGGGCGGCAUCCCAUAUGCCCUGCCACCACUCGGCCCAUUCAGGUUUCAAAGACCGCGAGAGCUACCUCCAUGCUACCGAUAUGGGACGGCUUCUAAUCCUGGACGUUUCACCGGUGGUGUCGGAGUAUGUCCGCAACCUGGGGAUGCUGAAAACAAGAGAAGGUGGGAUGAGGACUGUCUACAGGCGAAUAUAUGGAUCCCAACCGGAAGAGCACCCGGUACAGGGUGGCCAGUUCUCGUCUGGUACCAUGGCGGCUUCUUACAGUGGGGAAACCCAGGAGAUUAUGGACUCUCGAACAUGCUGGCAGAAACUGCAGCAAAGGCCAUUGUAGUCAUCCCGGGGUAUCGCUUGAAUGUAUUCGGUUUCCUUGCCGGCGCAAAGCUGGCAGAAGAGGGAGCUGAUUGCACAGCGAACAACGGGUUCUGGGACCAAAGACUUGCACUGGAAUGGACUUGGAAGAACAUCAGCUAUUUCGGAGGCGACGCAGGUAACAUCACCAUAGGAGGAUACUCGGCCGGCUCGCAUUCGACUUUCCAGCAACUGGCGUACGACUUAAAUCUCCCAGAUUCGAAAGCUAUCGUACGGCGGGCUCUGAUGCUGUCCAACGGACCUGGGAUGCAACCAAAGUCUAUGGCAGAUGCACAAGUUCAGUUCGACGAGCUUUGCGACGCUCUCAGUCUGUCAGCCAAAAUGAGCGUCACAGAGAAAUUGGCUGUUCUCCGUGUCCUAGAUGCACAAACAAUACUCGAUGCUGCUUCGAAGAUUAAGCACCACCAAUUUCGCGGUGUGACAGAUAGCAUAUUCAUACGGGAAGGCCUGCUUGAAGAGCUAGACUCAGGACUGUUUGCGGCGCGCAUGAAGAAACGCAGCAUUAAGCUCAUAAUGGGCGAGUGCAGGGACGAGCAUUUUGCGUACGGGCAAUGGCUCCCACCACAAAAUACCUAUGAGAGCCUGUUCGAGCGCCUCCAAGCCGACUAUCCCCUUGCUGCGUGCGAGGCUCUUAUGGAUCACUACUUUCCCGAACGUAGUCUACCGAUGGCGUACAAGAGCUGGCAAGAUGCUUUCGGUCACAUCUACGCCGACAUCCAAGUCCAUCACCUCGAGCGAGGCAUGGCCAACGCUCUAGUCGCCCACGGUGCUGGCGACCUUCUCUACCGGUACCGGAUAGAAUGGCGCGCACAGUGUUGCGACAAGGACUAUCCGCGUGAAUGGGGUGUGACUCACGGCACUGAUUUGGCGAUCUGGUUCUGGGGCAAUAAUGCGAGACUGAGCAACAAGGAGAAGGUACUUGUAAAGAAGGCGUUUCACGACCAGUUUGCAAAGUUCCUGGACAACGGAAAGCCACAGUGGGGAACAGAGCACCCAUUACAGCUGCGCACCCUCAAGCCCGACGGUACUAUCGCGAUUGAAGAAGAUGCAUGGCUUGCAAACAGCUUGAAAGUCUGGGAAAUACUGAAACAAGUCGGUGCAACUGAUACGAAGCCGUCAUCGCGGGAUUCGAAGCUUUAGUUGAACAGAAAACGCCAUGCGCCAGCCCAUUUUCCGGAGGGUAUCUCAGUAUACAUGCAAGAGCGCACCUUUGCGCCACGCUAAACCCGCACGCCGUAACACCGUGUAGUCCAUCAAAAAGCGUCAAUCAAUCCAACCAAGCCCAUUCACGCCUCUU